GUGAAGUUUUGUUUAUCAAAUUUACAGAUUCCGCGUCUGUUUCUCUUUUGGCACGGGGAUAAAAUGCUCUGAACCAAAGAAUUUCCAACAUUCGAUACUAAAGAAGCCACAAUGGGUCAUUCAGCAGUAAUUUUAUUAUAUAUUAACAUUGUCUUUCUGGCAUUAAACCUGGGUCAGAUAAAAGGAAUACAAACAGGGAACAAGUUGUAUCCAAAAAAGUACUCACAUACGAUUUUGAGAAGAAUCAAUCCAAACUGGGAUGAUAUUGCAACUGAAAAUUUGAUACACGACACAAGACGCGUGUUCAACACGAAAUAUGGCCGUAGUGAUUAUUUUGAUAUAAAGUCUCCGCAUCGUCAAAAGCGUUUCGUAAUUCCUAACAACUCGUCAACUUCGACGGACGUUACAUGGAAACCACCGAAGAAGACCCACGCCAAGAAUAUCAUGCGUAUAAAACACAAGUCUUUGAAAAAAGCUAACGAUCUAUCCAUGAACAAACAUAUAAACGGAACAGCGAAGAAAUCCAUAAAAGAGAAACCCCAUCACAAUUCACAUCCUCCGUCCAUCAAUAAAUUAACAACUCACAAACCGACAACUUCGAGUAAAGUAAAAGUUUCGAAUUUUAGCAUCAUAUCAGAUGCUACUACAGUAAUAAUUGAUACACCUCGUAAUAGUAUUAACCACAGUAAAAUAAAUUAGAUAAUUUAAUCGAUAGAGAUACGAAUAUACAAAACUACAUGAUAAUGCAAUAUUGUAUCGCGUUUGUCAAUAAAUAAUCAAACUUCUUCAACAUUA